CCGGAUGCUAUCCCAGUUUUAAUCGAAAAUAUCUGAGGAUAUUCGAUUAGAAGCGAUUGCACCACAAGUGGCAAAAGAGUUGUGCAAUAAUUUCAGAGGGCGUAUAAAUAGGCCUACAGAACAGUACAGAGAGACAUUCCUUCCCAAUAUCUGGGGCGGACAACGCAUCGAAGCCAGGGGCUAACUCUAACUUGUUUUCUCGGGGUUCUCUGUGAAAUCUCCUUGGUGUUGAGACAUCCACAAGUGUCCAAAGUCCAUUUCACACCAACCAGGUCGACAGACGUACACGCAUAUCACAGACUAGUAACUUAUGCCAGCUAUAGGUGUACCAAGAGUCCUAUGAUACCCAUUGAAAUCUGAUCACCAAGGUUGUUAAUGAUAGUUACUGAUAAUUGGUCCUGGUUCAGAUUUCGGACUAUUAAUUGGACCUGGUUCAGACUUCGGACUAUUCAUUAGAUUUUAUAUAAUGACUACCACACAGGGAGUUCGGAUACGUGCCCUUUAUAAAGCCAUUUUGAAGCUUCACCGAGGCUUGCCCCAGAAUUUCAAGGCCAUUGGAGACCAAUAUGUGAAGGAUGAAUUCAAAAGACACAAAAACAUAACAACAGCAGAAGCAGAAGUGUUUGUAGCCGAAUGGACGAAGUAUUAUUUGAUGAUAGGAAAGCAACUCUCUCAGAGAAAACAGAAACAGACUAUAGGUGUGAACAUGUCUCCAGAACUGUUGGACUGCUUUAGUAAUGAACAAAUUGUCCAGUUAAUGGAGCUAAAGACAGAGACUGUUAAACCUGCACCAGAUGACAGCUAACAUCAUGUGUAUCAAAAGUCUAGAGUCAUCAUAUAGUCUUGUUGUCAAAAUACCUUCACUCCCAGAUAAUUGAGUGUUCGAGUGAUACGGGCAUACAAAGUGGACAUUUAGUUAACUUACUUGUAUCUGUAGACUGCACAUUGGGGCGACAUGGCUAUAAUCAGCUAUGCUGUUACUUGUCUUUAAAUAUGGUUAAUGUGACACAAAUAUUGGCUUAUGGAGGCUGGAAGGUUGUUUUAUGUAGUUUUGUAAUAAAGUAUUUUCCAAUUUC